AUGCCAAGAAACGUAGAGAUCAAAGCGCGCGUCGAGGACUUGGAAGUUGUCAUUCAACGCAUUUUGGCAUUAAGGUCAAAUGCUACCUACGAUGUCCGCACAGAACCCUCAAUCAUUGAACAAGAAGACUUGUUUUUCAAUUUACCGACCGGUAAAUGUGGCAAAUUGAAACUCAGAAAAAUGGGUCGACUUCAAGAGUUAAUUUAUUAUGACCGAGAGGAAAGCUCUGGACCAAAGUUAAGUUCUUAUAAUAAAUGUGAAGUAAACGAAGAUGUAGAAAAAGUACUUAAAAAUGCCUUAGGUACAUGGGGAGUCGUGAAAAAAGAAAGAAAAUUGAUAAUGGUCGGCCAAACAAGAGUACAUUUUGAUAGUGUUGAUGGUCUCGGGGAUUUUGUAGAAUUAGAAGUAGUUUUGAAUGAUAGCCAAACAGUUGAGGAUGGACAAUCAAUUGCAAAAGACCUGAUGUCUCAUAUGGGAGUUGAAGAAAAGGACUUGAUAUCUGUAUCAUAUGUUAACAUGCUUGUAAAUAAAUAAUAAAUAAAAAAUAAUUCUACGAUGCCCAAAAA